AUUUUUGUCUCUUGGUGCGCGCCGUAGUUUUGGAACCCGGAAACCGGUUGGAUCUGCUGUGAUCUAAACAAACAACGAUGGGCUGAUUUCACGUGAGACUUCAAGUGUAACCAGGUGCAGCAGAAGACUCACACCCCGCUCCAACAUGGAUCGAGAUGAGGAGGAAGAGGAGGCGCUUGUGGAAAACAAGCCAAGGGAGGUGGACUUGUUCACGUCGGUCCGUUGCCUUGGUUACCUGUCCAGCUUCACCUUGCUUGUGGCCGUGUGUCUGGGCAUGUACUUGCGCUGGGAGGUGUCUAGCGAGCCCAUGAUCCUGGUCAUCUUCAUCCUGGGCUUGUUUGUUCUUGGCAUCGCCGGCAUCCUCCAUUACUACUUCGCCAUGGAGAAGGCCAGCCAGAGCUUGUUCCAGCUGUGGUUCGGAUUUCUGCUUGGACUCAUCUGCUUCCUCAACAGUCCUGUGUUGGAUCAGAACAUCGAGGAACUGGUCACCAACUACCUCCUCCUUGCUAGCUUGGUCAUGAAAGCAGUCUGGGCUGUGACAGAGCGAGUGUGUUGCGCUGUCCGCUACAAACCUCUCUUGUUGAGGUCCAAUGAGUUUCUGGAACUUCUUGGUUUUGGGAUAGCCAGCACCACCAUGCUGCUGCACAAGUCACUGGCAAUAUCGACCUUGGUGGUGGCACUGGGUGCCAUCAUGGUGGACCUGAGGAUGAAGUCCCUCCUGGCUGUACCGAACCUGGUCUGCUUUGCGUUGAUAACUUCGCUGGUCUUCUUCCAGGCCAUUGGCAUCACAGCGAAUCCCUUCGCUUUGGGCUGCUUCCUGGGCCGACUGCUGUGUGAGCCUGUGCUAGAUUUAUACUUUAGUGGACUUGGACCCAGUGAGCGGUGGAUGCCGGUGCUCUCACUGGGUAACUUGUGGAGGAGGUUCUCUCUUCUUCCUUUGAUGCUGGUGGAAGUGACGUUCUUCGUGUUGGCUGCCUUAAAGCUGGGUCAUCUGGAACUCUGGUACCUGGUCAUCCCUGGCUUUUGCCUGUUUGGCCUCUUUUGGUCCAUCUGCCACGUCAUUCUUGUCAUCACAAUGUGGGGCUUCCACAGCAAACUGACUGACUGCCAGAAAGUGUGGCAGGCCCAGCGGUCCGGCAGCCGCAGCCUGGACCAGGUCAUGGCCUCAAGAGGGAUUCGACACUUCUGCCUCAUCUCUGAGCGCCUGGUCUUCUUCAGCCUGCUGUCCACAGUGAUACUGGCAGCUGUGUCCUGGCAGCAAGCCAACGGGCUCUUCCUGGCUGCCCUGCUGGUGGUUCUACCUCUGGAGUCCCUGGCUCAUGGGCUCUUCCACGAGUUGGGGAGCUGCCUGGGAGGAACCUGUGUGGGCUACGCAGUGGUGGUGCCCACCUCCUACUGCAGUGCCAAUGGUCAGCCGACCCUCCUGCCGCCAGAGCAGGUCCAACAGCUGAACCUCCGCUCCACAGCCAUGUUGAACAACGUGCAGCGUCUCUUCUCCCAUCACAUGGUCCAGACCUUCGGCUGCGACUACUCCACCAGCGGGGUCACGCUCGAGGUUCUGCUCAACAAACUGCGCAGCUUCCUGGAGCUCCGCACCGCUGACGGGCCGCGCCAUGACACCUAUCUGAUCUUCUACAGCGGCCACACUCACAAAGGAACCGGGGCCUGGGCUCUGUCAGGUGGUGAGAGUCUCCAUCUAGCCCAGCUGUUGGAGCUGUGGAUGGAGAAGAACGGCGGCCACUGUUCCCGCCUCAUCUUGGUCCUGGACACCGAGAACUCAGCUCCUUGGGUCAAGGAGGUGCGGAAGGUGCAGGGCAUCCAUGUGGCGGUGCAGUCGGCUGAGCUCUCCUGCUCCGACGUGGAUCCUGAGUCGGGAGACGUGCCAAUGCUUGGGGACUUCACCUCAGAGUGGGUGGAGUUCAACUGCAACCCAGACAGCGACACCCAGUGGUCAGAAAAGGGUCGGACAGUGACGGCCAUUUAUGGCGUGUCCAAGCGCUGGAGCGACUAUACAUUGCAUCUGCCUACCGGAAGCGACGUAGCCAAGCACUGGGAGACACACUUCCCGAAGGCGACCUAUCCCAUGGUGCACCUGUCCAACUGGUGCUGCGGCCUCAACCUCUUCUGGCUGUGCGGCGUCUGCUUGCGCUGCUUCAGGAGGUGCAAAAUGGCCUGGUUCCCCCCGGCCGUCCUGGACACGGGGCAGGGAAUCAAGCUGGUGCACUCAUAGACACGCUGGACUUGCUGACUCUUCACACGUGUGGAACCAGUGUCGACCUUCAGAAGCACCGUCGACUGUUUCUUCAUCUGUGGCGUAGCACUCGCUGGAGUGUCUGACGGGGGUCGCAUAGGUCAAGCAGGGCUUAUUAUCAGCGAGUACCCAUGAGCCUCUCUGUUCCAUGUCAGCGUAAUAAAGUGAUGAAAUAUUGGCUCUGCGACGGCUGAUGGUUUGAUCCAAACUAACUGGUGGGCGGCGGGUUCAUUUCAACUCUCAUGUGGUUUUACAGCAAAGAAGCACAAUGGUUGUAAUGCAACAGCAACAUGAAACUAGCUGAUGUACAGAAGUCCAGACCUCCUCCAGCUCCUCUCCAGUUCUAACCCACCAGUUUCCUCAUAAUGUUCUGCACUUCUUAGUGAAGCAAGUCUACUGUGGAGUAUAGUUUGUUUUUUUAUUCACCCAGUAGUUUGUCAGUCUGUUUAUGAAGUUUGUUUUGGGUUUUUUAGAUAACCAACUUGUGUAUGUUGGUCUUGCUGUUUCUUUAUGGGCUGUCUGAGCUAUCUGGUUUACCAAGUCACUGACAAAUAUCUUUGCUGUCUGUUUUAAAAUAGACCACCAGCCGAUUUUAAACAUCAUCGUUUACCAUUGUCUCAUUUUCUUUGUCUGAUAGAGACUUUUUUGUCGAGAUUAUUUCCAAAUUUUCUUUUUCAACCCCACAUACAGGGAUUUUUUUUAUGUCUUUUAUGGACUUA